GGCUACGCGGCCUCGCCCGGCAAGCAGCAGGACCAGAAAUACGACCCCUUCGACCCCACCGGCUCCAACCCCAGCUCCUCCCGCAGCAGCCCCUCCCCCGACGAGGAGGAGGAAGAGGAAGAGGAGGAAGAGGAGGACGACACGGCCGCCCCCCGGCCCGACAUGUCCCACAGCAUCAGCCGCAUCUCGGAGACCCUGGCCGGCAUUUACGACGAGAACAGCUUGAGCCAGGACUUCCUCGGCUCGGAGAAGGGGCGGGAAGAGGCGGAGCCCAGCGAGGCCCCAGUGGCCGGUGGCCGGCGCCCCGAAAAGGAGCCGGCGGCCGGGGCCGACUCCACCCUGCCUGAGGAGGAGAAUGCCUCGGAGCAGUCGGACGGGGCCCCCGAGCCGCCCCCGGAGCCGCGUCGCCGCGUCUUUGUGGUGGACCUCGCCAGCAAGAGCCGCUCGGAGGCAGAGGCCAACCCCAAGCUGGAGGGGAAGGUGUCGCUGGAGGUGGUGACGGCCGGAAACCCCAAGGCACCGGCACGGGGGGAGAAGGGCCCCAAGGCGGGCCGGCACCGGGGCGGGCGGCGCUCCUCUCUGGACUGGGCCGGUGCCGACUCGGAGAUCGAGGAAGGCGAGAUCGUGCAGCCGGAGGACGAACGCUACAGCCCCAUCAGGCUCUUCCGCAGCCGGUGCCGGCCGGCCGAGCAGCGCCCCCUGCGGGUGGCGGAGGGGGACGACUUCCUGUCGCUCCACGCCGACUCGGAUGAGGAAGGGGACUUCGGCGAGAGUCAGCCCGAGCCCCGGUGGAAGGCGGCCGCCGACCUGCGGCGCAAGAUCCUGACGCAGCGCCGCGAGCGGUACCGCCACGACUCGCCCAAGCACUCGGGCUCCAGCUCCGGCUCCCGUAAGAAGGCCAAGCAGUCCCGCGAGCGCCGGCCCCCCAAGGCCAAGGAGCCCCGCGCUGGCCCCUGGCCCCCCAAGAAGAAAUCCAAGUCGCGCUCAAAGUCCAAGGAACGCCGGCGCUCCCGGUCCCGCCGGCGCGGCUCCCGCUCCCGGUCCCGCCGGCGCGGCUCCCGCUCCUGGUCACCCUCCCUCAGCACCGGCCUGUCGGCCAUGGGCUCGGAGCGGCACCGGCGGUCGCGGGAGAGGCGGCGGGGCCGACGCUCACGCUCAGGGAGCCGGGUGCGGCACAAGGAGAAGCACCGGGACGGCGGCAGCGGCAAGAAGAAGAAGAAGCAGCAGCGCUCCCGUUCCCGGGAGAAGCGGCCGCCCCGCGACAAGCAGCGCGAGGUGCACGUCCUGGAGGAGCCCAAGGCAGAGGAGCGCCGGCGGGACGCCCGCACCGUCGUGCCGCCCUCCAUCCAGGACCUCAACGACACCGACCUCUUCACCAUCAAGAGGACCAUCACGGUCAGCCGGCAGGACGGCUCCCCGGAGCCGGCCAAGCGGGAGGUGCUCUACGACUCGGAGGGGCUGAGCUUCGAGGGCUGCUUCUCAGACCGCGAGCCCGCUGAGGGGCCCCGGCACCUGGGUGGCAAGGGCGAAGGGGGGCCGCCCCGCAAGGAGCGGCCGGAGGAGGAGGCCAAGCCGCCCAAGGAGAAGGAGCGGAAGCGGGGGUACCCGGAGGAGCGCCCCGCACCCCGCGAGAAGUCCAAGAAGAGGUUCAAGGAGGCGCUGGGCCGGUCGGCGCCCGAGGCGGGCAAGGCGGAGAAGGAGAAGUCGCGGCCGGAGCGGGAGAAGCCCCCCCGGAAAGCCAAGGCCGGGCACAAGGACAGCGGCAAGGCGGGCAGCUCGGGCCGCAAGGUCAAGCUGCAGUCUAAGGUGGCGGUGCUGAUCCGCGAGGGCGUGAGCAGCACCACGGUCUCCGGCAAGGAAGGGGGCUCCAUCGGCAUCAAAUUCAGCCGGGACAAGGAGAGCCGCUCGCCCUUCCUCAAGCCGGAGGAGAAGGGGCCCGGGGCCGACGCCAAGGCGGAGCUGGCCAAGGAGCCGGGCGUGAAGGCCAAGAAGGUCAAGGGGCUGAAGGCCAAGGCGGGGCUGAAGAAGGCCAAGGGGCCGGGGGCCAAGACCAAGGGGCCCUCGGAGGCCAAGAAGAAGAAGAAGCUGAAAGCCAAGACGGGGCUGAAGAAGUCGAAGGCGGACAGUUGCAGCCAGGGGGCCGGGAGCCCGCCCGCUCCCGCCCCAGAGCCGACGGGGGGCUCCGGCUCCCCACUCAGCCCCCCGCCCAAGCCGCCGCCCGCCCCGGCCGAGCAGGAACUGACCCCCGACUCGCAGACGGUGGACAGCAGCUGCAAGACGCCCGACGUCUCCUUCCUGCCCGAGGAGGCGGCCGUGCCCGCGCCCGGCGAGCAGCAGAGGACGCCGGCGGGCGAGCCCCAGGCCGACAGCCUCUCCGAGCCCAAGGAGGAGCCCGCCCGCGCCCUGCCCCCGCCCCCGGCCCCCAUGGCCUGGAACUUGCAGGGGGGCGUGGACUGCACCACGAGCGGCGUCCUAGCACUGACUGCCCUGCUCUUCAAGAUGGAGGAAGCCAACCUGGCGAGCCGGGCCAAGGCCCAUGAACUGAUCCAGGCCACCAACCAGAUCCUGAGUCACACCAAACCCUCCACGUCCCUGGCGGGCUCCCAGGCGCCCGUGCCGCCCCCCACCCACACGGCCGCCCCCUACCUGCUGCACAGCUCCCUGCCCCUGGGGGGCUGCAGCUCCACCCCCCCGACCCCCACCGGGCUGCCUGGCCCCCUCGGCCCGGGCUCGGUGGGCGCUGGCAGUGGGACGCUCUUCGGCACCGGCAGCGACCUGGGCAAGCGGGACGGGAGCACCAGCUCCGACGGGCGCGGGGACACGGAUAAGUACCUGAAGAAGCUGCACACGCAGGAGCGGGCGGUGGAGGAGGUGAAGCUGGCCAUCAAGCCCUACUACCAGAAGAAGGAGAUCACCAAGGAGGAAUACAAGGACAUCCUGCGCAAAGCUGUGCACAAGAUCUGCCACAGCAAGAGCGGGGAAAUCAACCCGGUGAAGGUGAACAACCUGGUACGGGCGUACGUUCAGCGUUACAAGUACUUCCGGAAACACGGCCGCCGCAUGGAGGAGGAGCCGGGGGGCCCCAAGGACCUGGGGGGGCUGGACAAGGCCUCGCUGCCCAUGCCCCCCCUCUGAGCCCGGCGGGGGGCCCACCCCCCCAUCUCCGUCUCUAGCUAACUCGGACCCCCUUAUGCAAAGGGAGGGGGGCGCUCGUGACCUCCCCCCAGACUCUGAAUGGUUUUAAACAGGAACAGUUUUACUCUGUACAUAUGGCUGGGCUGGACUUGCGGUGGGGGGGCGGGCCUGGCUGGGGGGGGCCUGUGCGUGGGCUACCGUCCCCCCCGACUUCCCCCAUUUUACUCAUGUUAGCAUGUUUUUAUUUGGAUUCCUCCCCCCGGGGAACGGGGGGACCCUCUCAUCCAGCCCCCCCGACCCACAGCUGCCCUGGAGGGAGGAGCGGCCAGCAACUCUCCUGGUGCAGGUGCCCCCCAUCUCUGUAUCUCCCUUUCUGUCUCUUCAUAAACUGCGUUAGCCACUUAGCUCUGGAUGGUCUUCUUGGGGCGGGGGACACGUGUGAUACCAGGUCUGGGGGACUGGCACUAGGGGGCAGGGUUGGGGGCUGCCCCCCAGCCAAGGCACAAGGAGUCCCCUAAACCCCACCCUUUCCUGGAGCAGGUUCUCUCUGCUGCCCCCUGGUGAGACAUCACUCCCCGCACCCACUCCAGAGGGGCCACAUCCCAUCCAGGGGUCCCCAUAGAACCAGCCCCUGUGCCCCACCCCAGAGCGGUCCCCGGACGAAUGGAGGGAGGGGCAUGUCCCCAUGGAGAUAGCGGGUAGGGGCGCCCUCCGACGCUGGGGGCGUGGGGGAAGCUGAGCUGGGAACGGGAGAUGACGGGAAAGCGACGCUGCUCCCUGCCAGCUUCGCUCCCGUCUUCCUAGCGACGUUACC